UGCCCAAUUCUACUCUGAUGGUUUAUGAUUUCAAUUGAAUUGUUUAUUCUCCACCCUGAACAUGUUUAGUUCACUGCUACUGUACUAUUAAUCUAUGGUCUAUGUUUUCUUUGAUUUUCUUUGUUUUAUUCUUUCUUGCAGAGCAAUAUGAUGAAGAGGAGGAAGACAUUGUGGACAUCAAGGUGGAGCAACUGGAUCGCCCGCCGCUUCCACCGCGUCAGGUCAUCGGACCUGACGAACAUGGGUUCAAGCGCUACGUAGACUAUUCUUGGGUGGGGAAUCGCAAGGUCCGGACAGUGACCACCACGCGAGUGCACAAGAUAGCAACCGUGCGCGUUAGCAAAAGGGUUCUGGAACGCCGUAAGACCUGGUGUAAGUUUGGAGAUGCGGAGAACGAUGACAGGGAGAUAGCGAAGAUCCGGCUUCUAAGGACAAGUACAUCCGGCAUCGUGAAGCUUGAGAGGCCCCCAAACUUCAUCCCAGCAGCCAGUGUCCCUUCAGCCCCUGGGCUGUCGCCGACGAAGGCAGCCUCGGCUGCGCGCGAGCAAGUUCUUGCAAAGGGAGGACCGGCCGUGGCUGCUGCCAGGGCGGCUGCGGCAGCGGGAGCUGAAGCCCGCGGACUCGACGUUUACCCAGGCGAUACCAAGACAGAGAGUGAGUGCUUCGUGGUCAGGAUUGAUCAGUUACCGUUGGAGUCCACAGAAGACAAUGUUCGCGUGUUGAUGGAGCAGUUCGGUGGGGUGAAGCAUGUGUUCAUUGCAAGACACCCGAGGACUAGAGCGUCUCUUCGGUAUGCGUUCGUCUACUUCUUUGAGAAGGAAGAUGGAGAAGCAGCGGUCGAAGCUCUCUCUGAUGGGCUGGAAGCAAGGGUGGUCGGGAUGCUUACAUGUUAA